AAUCUUAUCGAUACUCCAAACGUAGCAAUUUCGGCUUCGGGUAGGGUGCCCGCCGCGAUCCAAACAAGGCGGGCGGCUCCACGCUUUUGGCAAACGGAAAUUUAUUUAUUAUAAUCUGGAAUUCAUUGGAGAAUAAGAUUAUAAGAGUAGAGCCGAGGGAGAGAAGGGGACUCAUAAAGUGCCAAAGAAGAAAUUUUGUGGACGAGGCGCAAAGAAAGGUAGGCCAUGGAUUCCUCUGCCGCCCAACGUCGUCUGAGAGCUAUCUCCGGUCAUGUCCGGCCAACCGGCGAUCUCGAUCAUAGUUCCCAGCUUGGCACCAAUGCCACUGCCAGCGAGUUCGUCUCCGGGCAGGGCUACAGUGUUGUCCUUCCAGAAAAGUUGCAAACUGGGAAGUGGAAUGUAUACAGAUCCGCACGCUCACCUUUGAAGCUAGUAACUAGAUUCCCUGAUCAUCCUGAUAUUGGAACACUACAUGAUAACUUUGAGUAUGCAGUUGAAACUUUCCGAGAUUACAAGUAUUUGGGGACAAGGGUUCGUGUAGAUGGAACGGUUGGAGAGUACAAAUGGAUGACCUAUGGAGAAGUUGGUACUUCCCGGUCAGCAAUAGGUUCUGGCCUAAUAUACCAUGGAAUACCUAAAGGUGCAACUGUUGGACUAUAUUUCAUUAAUAGACCAGAAUGGAUCAUUGUGGACCAUGCUUGCUCAGCAUACUCUUAUAUAUCUGUGCCGCUUUACGAUACUCUUGGCCCAGAUGCUGUUCAGUAUAUUGUGAAUCAUGCUUCUGUACAGGUUAUUUUUUGUGUACCACAAACACUAAGCAUUUUAUUAAGUUUCUUAUCUCAAAUUGCAUGUGUACGUCUGAUAGUGGUGGUAGGUGGGAUUGAUGAAAACAUGCCUUCAGUUCCUUCGACAACUGGAGUGGAGAUUAUUAUGUACUCAAAACUACACAAUCAGGGACAUAGUAAUCUUCAACCAUUUUGCCCUCCUCAACCUGAAGAUGUUGCAACUAUAUGCUAUACAAGUGGUACAACAGGCACGCCAAAGGGAGCUGUACUGGCUCAUGAGAACUUGAUUGCAAAUGUUGCUGGAUCUAGCCUAAGUAUCAACUUCUAUCCUUCAGAUAUCUAUAUAUCAUAUCUUCCUCUGGCACACAUCUAUGAGCGGGCGAACCAAAUUUCAAUGGCACAUUUUGGAGUUGCAGUUGGUUUCUAUCAGGGGGAUAAUUUGAAAUUAAUGGAUGACAUUGCAGCUCUGAGACCCACAAUAUUUGCCAGCGUUCCUCGAUUGUACAACAGGAUAUAUGCUGGAAUCAUAAAUGCUGUAAAGACAUCUGGGGGUUUAAAGGAGAGAUUAUUCAAUGCUGCCUAUAAUGCCAAGACGCAAGCAAUAGCACAUGGCAAGUAUCCAUCUCCAAUGUGGGAUAGGCUAGUUUUUAACAAAAUAAAAGAGAAACUUGGAGGACGGGUCCGGAUUUUGACAUCAGGUGCUUCUCCAUUGUCACAAGAUGUCAUGGACUUUUUAAGAAUAUGCUUUGGUGGUUUGAUUAUAGAAGGAUAUGGAAUGACAGAGGCGGCCUGUGUGAUAAGUGCAAUGGAUGAAGGUGACAGGCUUACUGGUCAUGUCGGCUCUCCAAAUCCUGCUUGUGAGAUCAAGCUUGUAGAUGUUCCUGAAAUGAGCUACACAUCUGAUGACCAACCUUAUCCACGUGGAGAAAUUUGUGUCAGGGGUCCUAUAGUUUUUCGAGGCUAUUAUAAAGAUGAUGUGCAGACGAAAGAGGUAAUUGAUGAAGCCGGGUGGCUGCAUACUGGGGACAUAGGUCUGUGGUUGCCUGGAGGACGUCUAAAGAUCAUAGAUAGGAAAAAGAAUAUCUUUAAGUUGGCCCAAGGCGAGUACAUAGCCCCAGAGAAGAUUGAGAAUGUUUAUGCCAAGUGCGGCUUCAUUUCUCAGUGUUUUGUCUACGGUGACAGCUUAAACUCUUGUCUAGUUGCCAUAGUAUCAGUUGAGCCGGAUGUGUUGAAGACAUGGGCUGCAUCUGAAGGAAUCAAGUAUGAAGAUCUAAGACAACUAUGCACCGAUCCAAGAGCGAGGGCUGCUGUCCUUGCUGAGAUGAAUGCUGCCGGAAAGCAAGCUGAGCUAAGAGGUUUUGAAUUUGCCAAAGCUGUUACUUUGACAUUAGAACCAUUCACUUUGGACAAUGGUCUUCUGACUCCAACAUUCAAGAUCAAGAGACCUCAAGCAAAGGCUUAUUUCGCAAAGGCAAUUGAAGAUAUGUAUGCCAAGUUAUCUAUAUCUGAUCCAUCUCCAAAUAAACAAUCAUAACUUGCAUCAGCGCCGCUUUUUUUUCUCAAGAAGCUGAUGAGAGAACAGAAUCAAUCAAAUAAUGAAUAAAGCCAUACAUUGUAUCAUAGGAAGCAUUGUGGCUCUGCCCACAACAAAUCACAGGUCAAAUGGGAUAAUAUGAAGUAUCGGUUGUUACAGUGGCUACCUGUUUAAGGUGUGACAAAUCAUUGUUUUAUUAAAAGAGAAAUGCAAUAUCUUGUAUUGAUACUCCAUUUAUGUCACUUUGACAUGCCACAUGAUUGACAUAUAUGAAAUAACUAGAUAAAUUAUUUUUAUCAA